AUGGAUUCUUUUAACAAGAAGAUCCGCGACACGAAACACAAAGAUAUUCGAGGGCCGGAGACACUUUGGCCAGACCGAUCCAAGGCAACGGUUCUUUCACUGUCAAUCGGAGGCAAUCAAGACAAAAUUCUGUCCACGCCUGAUUACAUACUUACUUCCCCUAUUCUGUUCGAUAGCAAGACUGAUGGUGUAGCGGGCAGGAUUUACGAAGAUCCCAAGCCAAUUUCCCUACGCAGGACUCCGAAGCGCUGGACGGAGGAGGAAGAUGCCGCCCUCCUGAAACUAAUCGAAACAGGAGGAUUGCGUGAAGCUGCUGAGAGGGGACUACCGGAAGUGUGGAUAGAGCUUGCAGAUCUUUUAAAUAAUGGUCGAACCAACAAACAGUGUCGUGACCGCUUCCAAAAUCACCUGCGGACGGGUAUCAAAAAGGGCAAUUGGACCAAAGAGGAAAUCAAGCUGAUUGAGGACAUGUACAAAAGCUUCGGCUCAAAGUGGAGCUCAAUUGCUCAAAUCCUGACGCAUCGAACAGAGAAUGACGUGAAAAACAAAUGGUAUGCCAUGAAACGCGUAGAAGAACGGAAAACACACUAUAUCGAGGAAUUCAAGUCUCAAAGAGCUUCCUGCCGCACGUCAGCCCCAGCUAUCAAACGUCGGUAUGAAUCCUCUCGAGCAGCACAAAUGACACAUCCACGAGCUGGGUCAAACGGUGCGUGUUUCAAUGAAGCAAGUACGGAUGUCUGA